CGAAAGGAUAAAACGCGCGCGGGGCGCAUCAAGGAGACAGUAUCCAGCCCGCAUCCUGUCCUCAGUGGUUUCAUCUGGACUUUGGGUGAAUCUGACAAGAAGAUGCCACGAGGAUUUUUAGUGAAACGGAGUAAACGUGCCUCAUCUGCAUCCUACAAGGUGCGUGCGCAAGAAGGAAAAGAGCCGCGCAAAGAGGACCUGACUACCCAAACUCCAAAUGCAAGUGUGCCGGACGUGCUGGAACCUAUUACAGUAUCAUGGACAAGUGACAUUAGCUCUAAACAUGAGCAGAAUCAUCUUCAGGAGGACUCUGGAGGGCUUGUUGGAGAGAGCGAUUACGCACAGAGCUACUUCAGUCAUCCCGAGCAGAGCGCGUCUUCUCCGCGCAACAUCACCGACUCCUACAGCCCGAUCAAACCCAUCAGCACGGAGCUUUUGGACAGGUGUCUGAGCUCACCAGCCAUGGCAGAAUCAUUUCCCUUGGUCACCCCGGUGUCUUCAAUCGAGCGUCUGCUAAUGAACCACUCUGACAUGAAGUUUGGCACACCGGUGCCCUCAUCGGUUCCCCCCUACCCUGCCUUUCAUCAAUGCGUAAAACGCGCGUUCAUGGACUCAGAGCGCAAGAGCAAACCACCAAAAAAGCCUAAAGUCAUCAGAAAGCUCAAUUUUGAAGACGAAGUCACCACCUCACCGGUCCUCGGGCUUAAAAUAAAAAAAGAAAGUCCCGAAUCAAAACUAGCACCACAAAGUGGUAGAAAAAAACCUCUCGGUGAGUUCAUCUGCCAGCUUUGUAAGGAAGAAUACACUGAUCCGUUUUCUCUAGCCCAGCACAAGUGCUCCAGGAUCGUCCGGGUUGAGUACCGCUGUCCGGAGUGCGACAAAGUUUUUAGCUGUCCUGCCAACCUCGCGUCCCAUCGCAGAUGGCACAAGCCUCGCAGCCUGAGCACCGGAGACGCGAAGAAGUCUCAGCUGGAGGUGCGUAACCAAGAAAACACCACAGUAGAGGAAAAAGAAAACCACAAAAAUUAGAGAGUGAACAAUCAGCACCAGCUGAGUCCGGACAGCUCCCAACAGCACAGAUCAGCACCGGACAGCAACAUGAUGCACAGGGGAACCCAAGACCCUCCUCUGGAUCAGAGGUACCAGUCCUCGGAGAAAUGCUUUGAGAUUCAUAUCGGCUCCGCGGACAGCUCGAGGUUGUUCGAUCACUACCCCGAGGAGCCCGACAGGACAAGCACCCCCUACCUGACCUCGUCCGUUCCAGAAGAAGUGUUUGAGUGUCACUACUGCAGCAAGAAGUUCCGCAGGCAAGCCUAUCUGAGGAAACACCUGGCCGCGCACGAGACGAUCAAAACAGCCUCAUACGGUCACAUUGAAAGCGGACAGAUCACUUUCCCGUGUCACCUGUGCGGAGCGCACUUCCCCUCCGCGGAGAUCAGGGAAAAACACCGACUCUGGCACGCGGUCAGAGAUGACUUACUCCUCAGACCUGAUCUGAGUCCUGGAGAACAGCAGAUAUUCUCAUGCAAACACUGUCCCUCCACGUUCUUCAGUUCUCCGGGUUUGACCAGACACAUCAACAAGACUCAUCCCACGGAGAACAGACAGGUGACGCUCUUACAGAUGGCCGUCAGGCCGGGAUGCUGAUCUCACAAACACUUCAGAUUAUGUCUAACGGCUUGUUGUUGAUAUUAUCACUAAUAAUACGUACAGUGUCUUUAUGUAGGAAUAUCGAACUUACAGAUUUUCUUUGUUGACAGCAGGGAUAGUUUAUAUAUCCUUUGAUAAUCUUGGAUAUCACUUUAUAACUUCCAUUAAUACAGCAAGUUAUUAAAAGACAUUAUAUACAGGGUUCCCACACUUUUGAGAAUAUACAUACACCAUAUACUGUCAAUUAAAUAUAUCAAGAGCUUAGAAUACCAAAAAUAUAAACAAAAACUAUAGAAAUUUCCUUUUAUUUGAAAAUUCCCAUCAGUUUAAUGCAUCAUAACUGAAAAUAACAAGAAAUAUAAACGUUAACUACUGAUAUUUCUAUGGCUUUCAUUAUUUUUAAAUGAAAAUAAUAUCAAUGAUUUUAUAAAUUUUUUAACUUUUCCAUGCUUUCCAGACAUUUCCAUGACCAUGUUAACCCUGUAUAUAAUGCUUAGCUCAUAUACAUUCAAAUUUGAUUAUUAUAACCACUUUCAGGUUUGAUUCACAUCUAUUUGAAACUCAUUACUGAUAAUAUUAUUGAAAGUUAUAAAGUGUUACCCAUAAAGGUUCUUAAUGUUGCUAGUUUAAUUUAAUUCAUGAAACUGUUUAUAGCGGGAAAACAGGCUUUUGAUUAAUAUAUGUCUUUAUAAUAUGGGAAAAGUGAAUUAAUAUAUUUUGUGUCUCAUUGUAAAAAUAGCUCCCAUGAAAAGCUUAUUAGUCUCAAUGGUUUUAGAAGGUGCUUUGAUUUCUAGAUCAUGAAUGAAGGUACUGUGCAUUCCAUUAUAUUUUAAUUGACACCAGUAGCUGCAAAAAAAAGUAUUUAUAUCCUAACAACUGCCAGGAAAUGCCAUAGCAUACAUCAAGACUAUUAGAGGCCCACAUGUAAUAAUAAACUACAAGUGUCAUAUUUCUAUUUUCAUAUGUAGCCAUUUUCAGCUGUUAUGGGGAAAUGAAGAGGUCAAUAAACUGAAUUAUCUUCGAAUACUCUUUCAAAUGUAGCUUAUUUGUCAUUUGCAA